AUGUCCACUGAGAUGAUGACCACUGAGCCCGUUCAACCUCUGGAGCUUUCAGAAGACAUACUAGACCAGCUUGAUCCUCACUGCAGCCCCUCAGAUGACCUUUCAGACCAGUUCAUUAAGGACUGUGACCUCCAAAAGAAGCCAAGAAAGGGGAAGAAUGUACAGGCCACUCUGAAUGUUGAGUCAGAUCAAAAGAAACCCAGAAGGAAAGAUACACCAGCAUUGCAUAUCCCGCCUUUCAUACCAGGUGUGAUUUCAGAAGACUUAAUUAAAAGAUAUGAUGUUCAAGAGAGAAUCCCAAAGAGCAAAACAGGCCCAGCUCUUCAUAACACUGACAUGGAACAGAAAAGGCCAAGGAGAAAAGACACACCUGCCCUGCACGUGCCUCCCUUUGUUGCAGGUUUGACUCUGCUCGGGCAUGAGAGUGCCGGAGUGAUUAUGGAGGAUGAAGAAAUGGAUGGUGACAAGCUAGCUAUUUAAAGACAUCUCCCCUGA